CACACUCAUUUUUGCGAAAAGUUUCGAGCGCGUGGUAUUUUAUGCCGCACGCUUUAUUUCGCCACUUGGAGUAAAUUUUGGUCCAUCCAUUUGUUAACUAAGAGUGCGACUAGUACUAGAGCUAGUACGCCCGUAUCCGGGAAAUACAUUUCUAUGUCUGAGGGCAGUGGAAACGAAAAUGCAGCCGGAGCAGAGGCGACGGCAGAAGCAGAGGCGACGGCAGAAGCAGAGGCGACGGCUGAGGCUGCACUAAUGGCAGAAGCGGUGGCUGUAGCCUAUCAAAGCGAUGAUGAGGUGGAGGUGGAAGCGGGGUCUGUCGAAGACCAGGAGGUAGUCGGUGACCAGGAGGAAGAACCAGCCGAAGGCGAAGCCGAACAGCAGGAUGAGGGUGAAGCAGAAGACGCCGACGUCGAUGGCGACGCCAUGAGUGUAGAAAACGCGGAAAAUGAAAGUGACAGCGGUGGAAAUCCUGAAGAAACCGCUGCCGCCGACCGCAGACAGGCCACCAAAAAGGAACUUACACAGAUAAUCGACAAAUGGGAGCAGCAGCAGACCCAGAAUGGCUACGAUCCAGUUCCCACCCUGAGGAGUCUAGCGGAGAUAUUUGAACGUGAGAAGGAUGUUUACCGGCGAAAGGACCCUGAUCCUUUAGACUCUCGACAUCCCUACAGAGCCGAUCCAAGCUGCCAGUACGGAUUGCUGCUAAAACUGCUAUUCCGCAAGGACACCUUUAUGAGCAAACUCCUCAACGAUUACCUGCGGGAGAACUACUUUAGUCGGCAAAACGUUAGCCGCAGUUCGUUGGAAUUGAACAUUUUGGCCUGCCGUCUCAUCCUGGAGAUAAUGCCGGGCAUGGAGACCUCAGCAGUAUUUCAAACUGCCGAAGGUGACGGAACCAUUAAUCGCAUCUACUCCUGGGCUGAGGACAGCAUUGAACCACUUCAGAGCUAUGCCACCGGACUGCUGGCCGAAGCCAUGGAAGUGAGCGAUAUUGCCAUCAACUUCCGAGAUCAAAACAUCCGGCUUGUGCCCAAGAUGAUAAAACGCCUGCACAUGCUUCUAGCAAUUAGUAAGAGUGCCACUCCGGAUGUCAAUAACUCGAUGCACAACCAAUCGGCGGAUAAUAGUGCAGCAGGAAUGCUCAGCUGGGUUGCGUGUGCCAGCAAUGCCUCUGCUCCUCAGUCACCGCAGCACAAUGGCAGUGGGCUGGCAGCCAGUUCAUCGCAGCAUGGGGACGCCUCCAAUAUGUCCAUUCUCUUUGAGAAUAGCCGGGACGCCUUUCCCGUAUCCCGCUAUUAUAAGCGGAUGUACAUUCCACUGCAUCCGCCCACUGCGGACACUAGCCAAAUGUUAAUUAUGCGCUUCCUAACCAGCCUAGGAGAAUAUCAAGAAUUCCUAGCCAUGGCCUUUGAAAACAAUGUGAUGCAGUUAAUUUUUGGUUACCUUGAGAACUUAGACCGCAGGGACACAUGCUUAGCCUACGAGGUGCUAAAAUAUCUCGCUUCCCUUCUUUGCCAUAAGAAGUUUGCUUUGGAGUUUAUUUCCCAUGGAGGAUUAGAGCUACUUUUGAAGGUUCCACGUCCCAGUUUGGCCACCACUGGUGUCUCCAUUGCCAUCUACUACCUAGCUUACUGUGAAGACGCCAUGGAGCGCAUAUGCAGUAUGCAACGUCCACUUAUUUCAGAACUGGUGCGAUACGCACUUUGGAUCCUUGGUCGUUGCCAUGAUUCCUCCAAGUGUCAUGCUACCAUGUUCUUUAGCUUGAGUUUUCAGUUUAAGGUCAUAUUAGAAGAGUUUGAUGCCCAGGAUGGCUUGAGAAAGCUCUACAAUGUGAUCUCCGUGCUGAAAAUCCUCGAUCCGAGCCACAAUGACAGCGAUAACGACUCUGAUAUUAACGAAGACGUUGAGUGUGCUUCCCGACAAAUGGUCCGCCAUGUCUGCGUAGCCCUCAAGCGGUAUAUGGAAGCACAUUUCUUUUACAAGUACAACAGCUUUCUGUGCCAGCACAACGCAGCAUCGUCGUCGCCAUCCUCCACCCACUAUUUCAAUCAGAAUCCCACAGUAGCGGCCAAGCUUACCUUCGACCAGUUGCAUGACCAGAUUCGCACCCUUCAAGAGCACACCUCUAUCCGGGCUCACUGGCAGCCAGUAGAUCAACUGAUGAAGCUUGGCGGAAUCACCAUGCUUCUCAGGAUCAUCGCCUUUAGCUACGACUGGGUGAACAGCGGACGCUCGGAGACUGUGCGUUCGGCUCUAGACGUACUUAGCGUGUGCUGUAUCAUCCCCCGGGUUUAUGUAGUGCUCUGCGAGCGUCUUCUUAUGCUGGACAAAACUACCACUUCGGGAUUCUGUUCGGUUCUGGGAGCUGCUGCAGGCGAGAUAACAUCGGACGCAGAGGUGAUCAAGUCGGCUCUAGCAGUUCUCUGCCACUGUGUCUGCUCUCCAAUCAUCCGCAAGGAUAGCGGCACCAGUCUAAUCAAGUUUGGUAACUCCUCCAGGAAGAACAAGGCCAAUCACAAAUACGCCGAAGAGCUGAUUGAACGUGUAUGGGAAUCGGUGUGCUCCAACAAUGGCAUCGUAGUGCUGUUAUCUCUGAUGCAGACCAAGGGACCGAUAACGGAUGCUGACUGCAUCCGAGGAAUGGCAUGUAGGGCCCUGGCGGGUCUGGCUCGGUCAGAUCGGGUCAGGCAAAUUGUCAGUAAACUUCCUCUCUUCGCGGGCGGACAGCUUCAAACACUGAUGCGAGAUCCCAUACUCCAGGAGAAACGAGCCGAGCACGUGAUCUUCCAAAAGUACGCAUUGGAGCUGCUCGAACGAGUGUCUGGAAAAACAAAACCACUCAACAAUCCACUGGAUCCGUCGCUUUCUAACAUGCAUAAAGCCAAUGUAAUUGCCCAAACUCGCAUCCAGUACAACAAGCAGCAGCUUUAUCAACUCAUCUUCGAACACCUGGAGAGCAAUGGUCUUUCCCAGACAGCCCAAAUGUUGCAACGCGAGGUUGGUCUUCCCCUGCAGACCCCAACAACAAGAAGCUUUCAUCAGUCACCUUUCGAUUACAAAACACUUCCCAGUGGGAGUAGCUCUCUGUCCAGAAAUCGCCUGCGCAGCCGCAUGCAGGAUGUGAAUGCUGCGAUCAUGGGUACAGAACUGAACAGGAGCUUUGGCGAGGAUUCAUCGCCUGCUGGUGGAGCAAGCAGUAGCAAUGUGGGAGAUGGAGUCAGCAUACCAAACUUUGGGUGCCUUAACACAACACAGACGCCCAUUAAAAUUAGAAGAACGGAUAGGAGUUCUGUGAGCCGCUCGAUCCAAAAGCAACUGAUGGAGCCGGGUGGCUCAUCAGCGGGUCUUCCCGAUGAUGGCCAGCUACAUCCUAAGCGAAUUACCCUAAAUACUAUCGUAACGGAAUACCUCACAAAUCAACACUCGCUGUGCAACAACCCGGUUACCACCUGCCCACAAUUCGAUCUGUACGAACCCCACAAGUGUCCGGAUCCAAAGCCUAGUCGCCUGUUGAGCUCUAACUACAACCUGACCAGCAGACAUGCUCGUACUCAAGCAGGAUUUAAUACCACUCGAUUUGACCGUCGCUAUGUGCACACGCACUUUUCGCCAUGGCGCAGCAUUCGAUCGGCGGAUUAUGAAGACUUGGAGUUCACCUGUUGUGAUCUGGUAGGCAAGUACAUCAUCGUGGGCACACAACAGGGCGAUGGACGAGUGUUUAACAUGAACGACGGAGUGGAGCAGUUUUUCUCUAAUUGCCACAACUUCAGCGUUGACGCCAUAAAGGCAAACAGAGCUGGAGAUCUGGUCAUCACAUCUAGCUUCUGGCGCACACCCACAAGCAUUCUAUGGUCCAUUGCGGACGAUGAGUUCAAGUUAAAACUGCGUCUUCCCGAUGUCACCUAUUGUGAGUUUAGUCAGACGGUACAGGAUCGCCUCCUGGGCACUCAGAAUGAGUGUGCUACGCUUUUUGACAUAAACACUGGUUCUAAAGUGGCUUCUUUCACGCCAACCAUACCCAAUCUUUACACCAAAAAUCGAGCAACUCUUUGCCGAACCGAUGAACUGAUUUUGUCAGAUGGUGUUCUCUGGGAUGUUCGCUCCGGGAAGGAAAUCCACAAGUUCGACAAGUUUAAUCAGUGCAUAUCGGGCGUCUUCCAUCCAAAUUGCCUUGAGAUCAUUGCCAACACCGAGGUUUGGGAUCUGCGCACCUUCCAUUUGUUGCAGACAGUGCCGGUGCUGGAUCAACGAAACUGCACAUUUUCUCCGAUGCACGUGAUCUAUGGGGCUAGUUUGGGGGCUGACAGGGACCAUGACAUGGAAACAACGACCUACGACACCAGCUUUAACGUGCUGGACGCCUACGACUAUUCGAGUAUAGCUACUAUUGAUGUGAAGCGCAACAUCAACGAUCUGAGCGUCAGUGCCAAUGGUAGCCUUAUUGCAGUGGUCGAGGACUACAGCGGUUACGAGUCUAAGCAGGAGACCUAUGUGAAGAUCUACGCGGUGGGAGUGAAAAAGAGCGAGCGCUCGGAAGAGGAAGAUGAUGAGGAGGUGCCCGAUUCUGAUGAGGAUGGAUCGGAUACGGGCUCCGAGAACACUUUUUCUCUAGGUCCGAAUUUCAUGGGAUUCCCUCUACUGCGCAACCUUAAUGGCUCGGACAACGAAGGGGACGGAGACCUAGAUGAAGACGAUGAUGAUGGAGAUCUAUUGGACACCGAUGACGAAAUGGACGACGACGACGGUAGCGACAAUGGCGAUGACGAAGGUGACUUUGAAGAUGUGUUCGAAUUCUUCGACAGAAGCAGCUCAGACGAUUGAGCCCUCUCCUCCUCCCCCGCACUACCAACAUAACUGCUCCUUCACCGAUCCACUGCUCCGUUGUUUAACCACUGUUUCGUCUCGUGUCGUUCGAUCCUCAUUGUUGUCCGCAGCGCGCUUGGAAGGAUGAGAUAUCAACAAUCGUCGAUAGUUUUAGCAAUCUAGACAUUAAGCUGUUACAUAUAAAAUUUAAAUUGUUAUUUUUGAACUUGUGUACAAAACAAAUACGAAUGCCGCAGGAUUGCAUUAUAGCCAAGAAAAGUUUGAUGAUGAAUACCUACUGUGAGAAUCAAAUCUGUAAAUUGUCCAACAAUUUCCAUUGUACAAACCUAAAUAAGAAUUGUAUACUUUUGCUAUAAAAAAUAUAAAAGAUAUUGUUAGAAUCAAACGUUUGUUGUAUGCUCUAAGAACCAAGGAACAAUUUGAGUUUUUUGUAUGAUUUCAUGCAUUGUUUAUUCACAUAAACAGGCUUUUCAUUAUUUAUAUGAUUUGGAAAUAUAUUAAGUAUGUAGAAGAGAAUUAAAUAUUUCGUUGUAGAAAUUAAA